UGGUGAUUUUCCACUCAAACUCAUAUUAAACACACCCGCUCAUAGAAACAAAGGUCAUAGUGAAAAGAGCACAUUUGAUUUCCGAUGCAAUUUUUUAUUGAACAUUGAACGCACAAAACAAGGAACAAGACACAGCUAACAAAAAGUAUCUGACAGCAUGGCACAGAAAGAGAAGCUCCAAUGUCUGAAAGACUUCCAUAAGGACACCUUGAAACCGUCACCAGGAAAGAGCCCAGGCACGCGGCCGGAGGACGAGGCGGAGGGCAAGCCACAGCAGAGGGAGAAAUGGGAUAGCAAGCUGGACUUUGUCCUGUCUGUGGCCGGAGGCUUUGUUGGUUUAGGGAACGUCUGGCGAUUCCCAUACCUCUGCUAUAAGAAUGGUGGAGGUGCUUUUCUCAUCCCCUACACCAUCUUCCUGUUUGGGGGAGGUCUGCCGGUGUUCUUCCUGGAGGUGGCUCUGGGCCAGUUUACCUCUGAGGGAGGCAUCACCUGCUGGGCCAAGCUCUGUCCCAUCUUCACUGGUAUUGGUUAUGCCUCUGUUGUGAUCGUCUCUCUACUGAACAUCUACUACAUCGUGAUCUUGGCCUGGGGACUCUACUACCUGUUUCAGUGCUUUCAGCCUGAACUCCCAUGGGCCAAAUGCAAUCAACCUUGGAACACAGUAAACUGUGUGGAGGACACAGUCCGCAAGAACAAGACACUCUGGCUGGCUGCCAAUAUGACCAACUUCACCUCCCCCGUCACUGAGUUCUGGGAACGCAAUGUUCUGAGCAUCUCCUCUGGGAUUGAAGAUAUUGGCCCUGUGAAGUGGGACCUGGCGCUGUGUCUGCUGGCCGUGUGGGUCAUCUGCUUCUUCUGCAUCUGGAAGGGUGUCAGGUCCACUGGGAAAGUGGUGUACAUCACAGCUACUUUUCCCUUCGUCAUGCUUAUUGUGCUGCUGGUGCGAGGAGUUACUUUGCCUGGAGCAGCUGAAGGGAUCAAAUUCUACCUGUAUCCUAACCUGACCCGUCUUCAGGACCCAGAGGUUUGGAUUGAUGCAGGAACCCAGAUUUUCUUCUCCUAUGCCAUCUGCCUGGGGGCUAUGACGUCACUGGGGAGCUACAACAAAUACAAAUACAACUGCUACAGGGACUGUUUGCUGCUGGGAGGCCUCAACAGCGGUACCAGUUUUGUGUCUGGCUUCGCAAUAUUUUCCGUCCUGGGCUUCAUGGCACAAGAGCAAGGGGUGGACAUUGCCGAUGUGGCAGAGUCAGGUCCAGGCCUGGCCUUCAUUGCCUACCCUAAGGCAGUGUCAAUGAUGCCCCUUCCUACCUUCUGGGCUGUGCUCUUCUUCAUCAUGCUUCUCCUUCUGGGCCUGGACAGUCAGUUUGUUGAAGUGGAAGGACAGAUCACCUCUCUUGUGGACCUGUAUCCGUCCCUCCUAAGGAAGGGUUACCGACGCGAGAUCUUUAUAGCUGUUAUGUGUUGCAUAAGCUAUCUUCUGGGACUUACCAUGGUAACAAAAGGUGGCAUGUACGUGUUUCAACUCUUUGACUACUAUGCAGCCAGCGGUGUGUGCCUUCUGUGGGUUGCAUUCUUUGAAUGUAUUGCUGUAGCCUGGGUUUAUGGCGUUGAUAAUUUCUAUGAUGCGAUUGAGGAUAUGAUUGGCUACAGACCAAACGCUUGGAUGAAAUGGAGCUGGACCUUUAUCACUCCCAUUCUCUGUAUGGGCUGCUUUGUCUUCUCAUUGGUAAAGUACAAGCCCCUGACCUACAACAAGGUGUAUGAGUACCCAGACUGGUCCAUCGGCCUGGGCUGGUGUCUGGCCCUUGCCUCCAUGAUGUGCAUCCCAAUGGUGGUGGUCAUCAAGAUUCUCCAGUCUGACGGACCACUGAUUGAGAGGAUCAAGGCGGUGGCCGCCCCUGUGAAAGGAGGAGCCAGUUCUCGCCCCAAAGAGUACAGUCUGAAGGGCAGCGAGCUCACCCAGCCCCUGGACCCCAACGGGAAUAACGGCCUGAUCAAGCCCACCCACACCGUUGUAGAGACAAUGAUGUGAGCGCUCUCUGUGAGAGGUAUAUGAUUGACGUGCUUUCUAUGUUAUUAUCAUACAUUUGCUAACUUUGAUAGUGGUAGAACCAGGUUUACAUUGUCCUAUAUAUACCCACUAGGAAUAUUCUGGUUUGGUUUCUAUGAAGAGAGUUAAAUAUAUUGUUGUCAGUUUUUUCUUCUCUUUGUAAAUUUUUUAUUAUAUUGUUGUUAUUACCGUUGUCGCUGUAGUUGCGGUUGAUCUCAGUAUAGGCAGUAUUGUUAUAUAGAACAUGUUGUUCUAUGUUUACUACCUUUCUGUUGAUUUUGGUGAGAUAAGGAGGUGUUUUCUGUUAGGGAUAAAACAUUUCAGAUAUCACUUAUCACAAAUUCAGUAAACAAAAUGUUUAACUAAUGUGUAAACGUAUAGGUAGCAAUCUACUAAGAUUAUGUCUUCACUUUACUGUGGCAGUAUCCUUGUCUGAGGUAAUUUCUAAUUCGUUGUUGUCUUUGUUGUUGUUUGUUGUGGGAUGCAACUGAAUGUAACUCUGCUUGCUGUGGAUGCCAACCACUGCUCUCGGCUGGUGUAGCAGAUAUCCACACAACCUAGACUGAAUGUACAGUGGCAACAUGCAGUGUAGACAUAGUGAAUCUUACAUCAUCAAGAUUACUGCGCAAGGCCCUGCCCACAUACUGUACAAAUGCAUAUUCAAGGGAAGACCUGGAGGAAAGGAGGUGGGGGAUAUGAGGGAGAAAAGGGAAACAUUUAUGGGUUUUUGUACAUUGCUUAAGACUCUCACAGUCAGUCCCAGUGCAUUCAUUGAAAUAUAUAUUUGCACUUUAUAUGUUGAGUUCCACAGUUAUAGUUAUAGUGAACCUGCAAUUGCAUUUGCAACACACAUCAGGCGGAAAUACAUCUAGCUUCUGAUGUUUUUUAUAUUGUUGACUUUGAUAUCUUGAGCACUACGCACCUAUUAUCUGCAAAUAUAACAAAAUAAUUGCCAUUAAACAUUCUCUUUCACCAUUAGUGAGAACUGUGAGAACCAUAACUUAAUUCUUUCCUCAACUAAACUUUUUUCCCAAACAUUUGAAAGUUGUGUUUUACUGUGGUGUGCAGAACUAAAUAUCGACUUAAUGCCAUGUGAAACUACCAUCUGACUAUAGGUUUUAAUGUGUUCCUUUUAGGUAAUUGUAUUUUAGUAUUUUACUUGUUUGUAAAUCACGUAUGCCUUUUUGUAUUAACCAUUUUAUACUGUUCAUAACAUGAAUACUUUCACUGAUGACCUAUUUUUUCUGAAUUCUAUCAGCAAUUUCUAUUAUAUAUGUUGAACGUCAUGAGACUGAAUGAAAUUUGCAGUGUGCAAUGUAGAGAAAUGGCCUUUUUUGAAAAUGAUUUGAUACCUAUUUGAAAAUUAAUGAAUACAAUUGAGAGGUGUGAAACCAACCCAGUAUGUACAUGAACAUCCUGAGUACAAAGCUUUGUAAAAAUAUAAAAAAUUCAAGAGUACAAAAGGAAAGAUAAAAAUGAUUAAAACCAAGUGAACCAAAGUAUUUUUGUCAAACAUCUGUCCCCUUUGAGAUGCACAUUGCAUUAUCUUUUCUUAAAUUAAAAAUAAAGUCUUUUUCUUUACACA